AUGAUUCAUAAUGUGCCUCUCCCUGCUGAUCAUGUGAGGGUGCAGUUGAACACUGCUAUUGAUGCGAAUUAUGCCCUCCCGAUGCCCACCCAAGAUGCAGAGACAGUGGCUCAAGCAGUGGGUAGCUUUGUCACUUGGCUUGGCCGUCUUCUUACAUUAGGACAUCCUUCAAAGUCUAAGGGGAAGAAGAGCCUAUUGGGUGAUCACUCAUUAUCAUCGCCACAGAAGCAGCCCUCUGAGCCUGUUCAAGCGGUAUCAUCAAUAUUUCAAAUAUAUCUUGAGGAAUAUGCAGUUGGGGCCAAAUUAGAACAUGACGAGGAUUUCAUGAUUCCCCUAGAGUUUGAGCUAGAGGUUUACGGUCGACCCUCAUCAGAUUACGUCACGAAUGAAGUAUUGAAAGAAAUUCUGACGCAUGGAAUGGCCAGCACAAAUACCUGUAACUUUUAUAUCAGAUAUCUUUUCAAGAACUUUAUAGCCCCCAGUGGCCUUCAUGACAAGUUCAAGAUUAUCAGCUCCUACACUUUUGCUGGCCACGAACCUAAUAUGAAGAAAGACUUAUCUAGAGACUUGUUGGAUAUCUUCAUUUCUAGGGCAGCACCGGGGGCUUAG